CACACGCCUCCUCUGCUGCGUCGGGAAGAUUCAGACUGGAACUGAAGGACACACACUCAGUCCAAGCCUCCAGUCAGGUUCCGCUCCAUCAUCAACAGAGCAGGGGCCGUGGCCAGGAAGUGGAGUGCAGCCCCCCGCACCAGCAGAACCCCAGCCUACCACUAACAAGCCCCCGCCCCGCCCGUCUGAACCUUCAUGAGUGUGCGUACGUAACCUCCUGCACCUGUGUGAGCGGCGCCAUGCUGUGGACGGUUCUGCUCGCGCUGCUGGUGCUGCUGGUGCUGCAGACUCAACUGUCUGAGUGCUUUAGAGACUUACGCAGCGGGGGGUCCGCCGCCCCUCCUCACUCCCCCCUCUCCUCCUUCAAUGGCACCCAGCAGCGCCUUCCUGGAGCAAUCAUCAUCGGCGUGAGGAAGGGCGGGACCCGAGCUCUGCUGGAGAUGCUCAAUCUGCACCCGGACGUGGAGGUGGCCAAGGCCGAGGUUCACUUCUUCAACGUGGAGGAACACUACCGUCGUGGUCUACCAUGGUACCGGUCUCAGAUGCCCUACAGCCUUCCUUCCCAGCUGACCAUCGAGAAAACCCCUGGUUACUUCGCGUCACCUCUCGCCCCUGCUCGGAUCUGGGAGAUGAACCCCUCUGUUCGCCUGUUGCUCAUCGUCCGUGACCCGGCUGAGAGGCUGGUGUCUGACUACACGCAAGUCCUUCACAACCGCCUGACACGCCACAAGCCCUAUCAGCCUCUGGAGGAGCUGCUGCUCCACAAAGGUCAGAUCGAUCCAGGGUAUAAAGCCCUGCAGAGGAGCUUGUACCAUCUGCACCUGGCUCGCUGGCUGGACGUCUUCCCGCUGGAGCAGAUUCACGUGGUGGACGGCGAUGCCCUUAUCCGGGACCCUUUUCCGGAGCUGAGAAAAGCAGAGAAGUUCCUGAACCUGGCACCCCGGAUUAACCCAAGCAACUUCUACUACAACACAACAAAGGGAUUCUACUGCCUGAUGUCAGCUGGACACGACAAGUGCCUGGACGAAUCGAAGGGCCGCCCACAUGCGCCCCUGAGCAUCCAGGCCUUCAGGAAGCUUUGCCUCUACUUCAGAAAGGCUAAUCAGUUGUUCUUUGAGAUGGUGGGGAGGUCGUUCUCCUGGUGCUGAUGGCUUCAGGCAGGUAGGAUACAUGGAUACAGCUCAGGUACACAAGGUCGUAAAGGCUCCUCGCGCUGUGGCCGACACAAACUUUACCAUGACGAUGCCUCCAUGGGUGAACUCUCCUCAACACCAGUGCCAUAAAUCCUGUGGCGGGACUGACUGCGGUCUGGUGAGGCCGCGAAGCUGACACGAAACCUUGCACUAGAAUUCUCUGAACCUUUGCAUUUUUAGACUGGCAGACUUCUAGUUAGAAUUCUGGAACAUGAGUAGUACUUUGUUUUUACACCCAACACUUGUGUACAGCUCUUAUGUUUCUUUUUAAUAAACUGAUUUUAAUAAACGUGAUAAAAUCUCCCAAAAAGGUCUCAGCGUGUGAGGCUCUUCGGGGCCGAUGUCGGUCCCACACUGAAUUACUCCCUUGGGGGG